GCCCCAGGUCAGUCUCACUGCAGUCAAGUCGACGUUCAGUCUGGUUUUCGUGGAUAAGGAGCCAAAGGAACAGAAUACUAUACUAUACCAUAGAGAUGAAUAGCCUGCAAGGAUCGCUGGUUGUCCUGCUGCUGGUGGGCGCAUUCCUGCCCAGCCAGGCGGGUCUCUUCGACUGCGAGGACAAGGUGCCCGGACUGGGGGAUGUGACCGACAAGAUCUCCGAGAUCACCGGCAGCAGCAGCAGUUCCGAGCACGAGGUGCGCGACUUCUUCAAGAACGUGGGCUGCCACAUCAAGGAGGGCGCCAAGAAGCUGGGCGAGAAGGCCAAGGACCUCGGCACCGAGCUCAAGGAGGGCGCCCAGAAGCUGGGCGAGAAGGCCAAGGUCCUGGGGAGCGAUAUCAAGGACCGAUUCGACGAUCUGCGCGACAAGCUGGCCAAGGACUCCGCCGAGGAGAUGAGCAAGGAUCGCGGCUUCCUGGCCAACGUCGAGAUCAUCAAUCCGGACAUCCUCAAGGGCGAGCAGCAGUGCGGCCACGGCCACAUCCUGGACGCCUUGGGCAACUGCAGCAAGUUGAGGAAGUAGUCCUGGAUUCUGAGAGAGUAGCCUUCGCCCCUUAAGUGUUUAAGUUUUUUUUAUGAUUUUUUUUUUGUGUAAAUAAAAAUGGAAAGUAAAAUACA